AUUGUUUUGGUUAUCACCAGGCCGCCACCUGAGUCUGCAGGAAAUUUGCAGAUAUUGUAAAUUUUACAUUUCUUUAGCUAAGGGAGAUGCAAGACAAGUAAAUAAGUGAUUAUUUAAUCGUUCUGAAUGUGAGAUCGUACACAUACAUGAUGUCAGACCAUGAAAGUGAUACGUAGCACGUGCAACGAGAGAAUCCAAGCUCUGAAGUCAACAUGAGUUCAUAAAAUGGUAUAGCAAAACCUUCCACGAUGACGGAUAACAACGAGAUGAUCAGCCUAAAGCUGGAGCCAGAGCUUGGAGGAAGUGAUGGCGGGGGAUGCGUCAGUUGUCCCAUCCUGCGCAAGAGACUACAGACAUGCCGGGAGUGGGUGAAGUUCUACCAUGUUAAGCUUGAACAUCAGGACAAACUCCUUCACAUUGUGGCAGAUUAUGAGAGAGAAAAGCAGCAAAAUAUGGAGUUGCAGUUGGCCUAUGACCAAAGAACCCGUGAAGCAUCCUUUACACGGGAACAGAUGGCAAACUUAUUACUAGAAAUCCAGCCACUACGGAAAAAGAUUAGCACUUUGGAGAAAGAUCUAGAAGACGAGAAGAAAUUGAGACAGUCUGCAGAAAACCAAGUGAUUAGUUUAAGACACACCAAGGAUCAGCAAAGACACCAGAUUGAAUCCAUGAGAGCUAAGGUUGACAUGAAUCUCAUUGAAGUACUGGAAAAGAAACUGUACAUAGCUCGCAGUGGGAUUAAACGCUUGAGGUGCUCUCUGGAUGACAAGUCUCGUGAGGUAAGUGAGCUGAAGGAGUUUGUGCAGGACCGCCGUGAUCACUUUCUCCGUAACCAGAAGAAGACGGCUUGGAGUCUACGCCUGGCACAGCAGUAUGGCUCCCACCUCACUGGUCUCGGUCUGCACCCGGGUGGCUAACGGGAGCCUCAUGGGGAAAGGGUUUAAAGACCCCCUUUAGCUGAUACAAAGUCAGCUUCAUUCCCAUUACCAGGUUUACAUGAGAAAGCAAAAGAAAACUUUGAAGGAAAACCUAGUGGCUAUUUCAUUACUUCCGAGCCAGGAGGAAUAGGCUGAAAGAUUUUGAUGAUGCCCAGGGGCCCGUGAUUAUGACAGUUUUGAGACAAAAAAGAUUAAGAAGGAGCAGAAACUGGUAGAUGAAGCCAAAAAGCUUGAGGAAUUGUUACAAAAAGAAGGGAAAUUCCCAAGGAGAAGCACCAACAGAAUGGGAAUGCAAACAAAAAACAAGCAAUGGGGACUGCGCUCGAUCCAUGGGGUUGUGUAAGAAACCCACCGGGGAAAGAGGAUCGAUACAAUGCCUUGAAUCAUAAGGCAGAAAAACCAGUUUUAAUUACGUCAAAAAACAAACACAGGUAAAAAUAAUCUGAAAAACCCCUAAAAGAAAGGGAGAAAAAAGGAUCUAAUAAGGAAAAGUCUAUUUAAAAGGGAAAAAGAAGUCCCCCGAAAACAGCAUGGGGGCAGGAGCAUGAUACAGGAAGCGAAGAAAACAGACUGCCAAGUGCAAGAAGCUAAGCCAAAUGAAUAUUUUCAACCCUCAGCCUGUGUUGACAGAUCUGUUAAUGUACAAAGCCCUUCUGAAGACAUACAAAUCCUUGAGGACAAAAAAGUAAACAAGCAUACUGAUAGCUUAGCUGAACCUGCAAAGACAGAAGACAGAAUAGACAGUCAGAAUGAUUUGAUGGACUUCAAUGAUUUUCCUCUCCUUGUUGAAGGAAUGAGUGAGGGGGAUGACCCUAUCAUGGCCAUACUAAAGGAUAUGAAGCCACGUGCCAAAAUUGACUGUUUAGAUAAUAGUUUUUCCUUUGGAGAAUCAGAGACAUUCCCAGUGGAGAUUCAAAAUGAAAUUCCAAUAGAUGAUUCUCUUCAGAAUCCCCAUGGUUUAACCAGUUUGCAUGAAGAUCUAGGAUUACUUAGUGAUUCCUCUGAUGAUGCAUUUGAUAGACCAAGGAAACUUUUGACACAAGAGUCUCAAGGAUUUCUAAUUGAUUCAUGUGAACAAAGCAAGAGCUCUCUUUUGAGCCAGGAAGUUUUUGUUGAGAAUUCUCCAGAUGAUGAGGUUGAUAUAAAACCAGUGGAGAGUUUAAUGGGUCGUAAUUUCCUUUCGUCCCAGGGAUUCUCCUUUGACAUGGAUGAAGUUAGUGCAAAUUCAGAAGGUAAAGAUGACAAAGAAAACAUCGGGACAGAGAAAUGCCUUGAAAUAGAAAAAGUAGGUUCCAAAUCAGAAAAGCAUUCACAGACAGAUACAUGGGACUUGAACUUAUCUGAAGAUGAUGGACAAUGUAUGUCAAGAUAUUCAGAGCAAAAUGGCCAGAUAGACUUGAAUAAUACUAAUACUGAUACUGUAAGCAAGGUUGAAAAUGGAGAAGAAUUUGUUGCCAAGAAACAUAGCACUUUUGUUGGUGACUGUAAGGAAUCGCACAAAGAAGGGGAAGAGCUGGUGGAGGAAGAUAGAAAUUCAAAACUUGAGGAAGAUGGUAUGCAUACCCAUAACAGCAUAGCAACAAUAGACUGUGGACUGAGAAAAUCAUCAGAACAGGAAACAUUGAUUAAGAGACCUUGUUCAAAAGAUGCAAGCAGUAAUUCUAUAGAAGCAAACUCAUUAGAUGUAGAACUGCAAGAAGAUAUAUUAAUCCAAGAACCUAUGGAGCCUAGUGAAAAAAUAAUGGAACACAGCUUAAGUAAUGAUCAGAAGUCUCAACAGAGCUUGCAAGAAAAAAGUAGCGUUUCUGCAGGAUGCUGUGUAUCUGAAAGAGAAAACACUAGUAAUGGGUCAUUGUCUAAUCAUCCUCAACAAAUAUUUGAUCAAAAUCUAAGCCAGGAAAGCACAAAAGUAUUCUUGCAUGAUGAAGGAUUAUUUUCAAAUUCCACACAUCCUGAAGAUAUAAAAGGUAUGAAAGAGAGUAGAAGUACAAAACCGAGGACAAGUUCAGAAAGUAAUUCUUCAGAUCAUAGUUGGUUGUUAUCUUCAGAAUCUGAAGAUGACAAGGAUUUAAUGCACAAGAAGCAUGUUCAUCCAAAGAUUUUAGAAAGGAAGAUCAGCACCACCAUUAUUGCAGUAGAAGUGAACGAAGACACAAAAACAAAUUCUAAAACUGAAGGAAGAAGAAAUUGUGAAGAGACACAAAAUCAGAGUGAUAAUGGAGGAGACAAGAAGGAGGAAAGGAGUCAAAACCUGACAGCUGGCGCGGCUCAUGACAUGGAGUUACAGGAGAAAAUAAAUAAUGAUGAUCCAGGAUCCAGCAGCAAGCAUGACACCAGUUUUAUGGCAGAUGGGAAGGUGCAACUUGUUAAUAAGGAUCAGCCAGUACAAUAUAGUAACUCUGGAAUUGAUAACUCUAGUGGCUUAACAUGUGGAGAUAAAAAAGAUAUAAAAGGUAUGAAAGAGAGUAGAAGUACAAAACUGCGGACAAGUUCAGAAAGCAAUUCUUCAGAUCAUAGUUGGUUGUUAUCUUCAGAAUCUGAAGAUGACAAGGAUUUAAUGCACAAGAAGCAUGUUCAUCCAAAGAUUUUAGAUAAGAAAAUCAGCACCACCAUUGUUGCAGUAGAAGUGAACGAAGCCACAAAAACAAAUUCUAAAACUGAAGGAAGAAGAAAUUGUGAAGAGACACAAAAUCAGAGUGAUAAUGGAGGAGACAAGAAGGAGGAAAGGAGUCAAAACCUGACAGCUGGUGCGGCUCAUGACAUGGAGUUACAGGAGAAAAUAAAUAAUGAUGAUCCAGGAUCCAGCAGCAAGCAUGACAACAGUGUUAUGGCAGAUGGGAAGGUGCAACUUGCAACUAAUAAGGAUCAGCUAGUACAAAAUGGUGACUCAGGAAGUGAUAAUUGUAGUGAUUUAACAUGUGUAGAUGUGGUUGGAAACAGGCAAUUAUUCUCUAAUAGCAUGUCAGCUGGUCAAAGUUCAAGUGCUGUCAGCACACUCUUGGAAGACUGUUCAUCAGAAAAAGUCAGUAAUGUAACUGAAGGCAUCAAUAAUAUAACAGAUUUAAAAAGCUUAAAGACAGAUUUAAUACAAGAAAACAAUCCCAAAAAAGAUGAUGGUGUCAAGGGCGAAUUGAACUCUGGAGAUGCUGCAGAUGAAAGGAGGAUGUUAAGAAACAGCAGUAGUAGUAAUUGCAGUGACAGUUUUGGUGCUUGUAAUUCUGAGGGCCAAUUUGUAGAAUGCACUUCAAAGACAGCAAAUCAGAAUGACUGCAUACAAAAAUCAAGUGAAGAUGAAAGUGAGUUGUCAUCUGAACCCAGUGAAGAGAAAUCUAGUGCACACUGCCCAAUUACUAACAAGAAAGAAACUGAUCUAGAAAUAGUGUGCUCUAAGAGCUCUAAAGUCUGUUUGAGUAAAAAUGUCAGCAUGGUCAGGCAGUCAGCAGCUACAGGAAAGCCUGUAAAUAAUCCAAGAAGUACAGUUACAAGGAAGAGAAGAUUGAGAAAUACUAAAAAUGACAGUGCAAUUACAGAUUCUUUCAACUUAGAAGAGACAGAAUGCAAUACUUCAGGGACCAAAAUGGCUCAUCAGAAUGUUCAACUUACUCAAGGUAACUUUCCCCAUUCAUCAACUAAUGAUACUGACAAUACUGAAGAGACACAAGAAAAGGAUAAGCUCUGCACGAAACUAGAGAGGGAGAACGAGGCAACACCACAAAUUAUCAGUCAAAGCAUUGAAUCGGAUAAAAUAAAUAUCUCUUCUAAGUUAGAUAACUUUACUGUAAAUAAAGAUAUCAAAAUAAGUGAUAACCCAGAGAAUGACAAUGAAUAUACCAAGACUGUAGCAAUUAGUGAUGUGUCUAUAUGUAGAGCAGAUAUUGAUACCAAUACCAAUGUUGUGUCUCCUAUCAACUCACUAGCAGAGGAUGUUGCUGGCACAAGUGAUGCAAGUACAGCAGUUAAUACCAAAAAUUUGCCCCAGCUAUUAGAUAAUGACACUGUGAAUAUAGAGAAACAAUUAGAAGUUGAGGAAACUAUAAAACAGAAACUUAAAGCUGCAGAUAAAGAAGUUAAUGAGGAAAGCACUGCUGAUGUUUCUUGGCCCAUAAAUUAUAAAAUGACAGAAAUGGAUAAAGGAAUAGGUAGUACUAUGGCAGAUUUUAAAGUAGGAGUAGAGACAAAAGAUGAGAUUGUUAUCGCUGAGAAACGUGAUCUCAUUAAAGAAGAAAGAAAUUUGGACACACCCAAGGAAAGGGUAGACACUGGAAAUACAAAUCAAAAGUCAUUAUCACGUAACCCACAAAUGGCUGGUGUACGUUUCAGUUGGGGGAAAAGCAUGCUGCGAUGUCAAAAAAUGCCUUCACAUAGGAAUAAUGUUGAGUUCAUAUUGCAAAAGAAAAUUACUCGUGAAAUUCCGAAUGUAUGUGAUCAGCUAAAAGCUAAUGUAUUCUCUCUGGAAAUACGAAAUUCAAGGAAACGUAAGGUCAGACUUUCCAUGCACGAAAUGCAAAGUACUUGUCUGGGUACAGAUGAUAAAAGUGACAUUGAUACUAGAAAUAAAGUCCAGCAUAAUAGAGAAAACACUGUUGUGAAUGGUGGGAAACAAGGGAAGAAUUUGUUGGAAGAGAGGAGCAAAUUGCCACAUAAAACAACAACUAAACAGGGAAGUAAAGAAGCAUUAAGUAGUCUUGGUAAUAGCACUGUCAUGUCCACACAGAAAAAGAGUCAGAGAAUAGGAGAGCCUAAAAAAUCUGUCUUAAAGAGAAUAAAAGCCUCACAAAGCCUUUUUUCAAGUGAGAGCAGUGGAGCGGAGGAUGUUUCUGCACCAUGUGUGAGAAAAAGACGAAUCAUGAGAAAGAAAAGAAACCAAACAAAUAAAUCUCAUAGUGAUAGUGAGGAUGCAGAAAUCACUAAUGAAGUUAGUCAGGAGAGUAGUAGAAAAGUCAGCAGAUUUGGAAGAAAAUCAGAGAGAGACCAAGGCAGAAAAAGUACAAAGAGUGACAGCACUGCAUCCAGUGUUGGUAGCAGAACCUCACCUUGUGUUGUAAAGAGGCUGAAGAGAGAUUCAUCCAGUUCAAGCUAUGGAAAUAUAAGAACGUCUGUAAGUGAAAGUGAUGUCACCUCUCCAGAGCAACUUUCAAUCAAUUGUAAAGACAAUGGAAAAGGUUCUUUGAGCCACCAGAGUUCAGCAGCAAAUAAAGAGGAGCUGCAGAUUGUAAAGAAUGAUACCUCAUCUGAUUCAGAAGCAUUGGAGGAUGAUGAGGGACACUUCAAAAGAGAACACAGAAUUUUCACGGUUGUGUCCAGUGAUAGUGAUAAUACAGAUAUAGAAUGUAAAGAAGGAGAGCAACGAAAGAAGAAAAGAGCUGUAGAAGUAGAAAAAUCUCACAAAAAAGAGCCACAUGUAAAUACUUUGGGACAGGCAAAGAAAAGCUCAAUUGAUAAGAACAUCAGAAAGGUGGCACAGCCAAUUCAGAAUUCUAAAAAAGCAAAAUUAGAAUUAUCAGAGCAUCUAAAGAAUAUUUCAUCUCAAAGCCAAGAUAUUGGAGUACCAGAAACAAAUUCACCGGACACAGGAACGAAACAAAAAUUUUUAUCAGUAAAGAAUGAAAAACUUCCUACAACUUUUGAACAGGCUGCCCUUAUAGCCUCCACACUCAAGAGACACCACACAGAAAUCCAAGGAAAGAAGCGCACUGCAAUUCUACUUGAUACACCUUCACAUUUUGGUGUUAAGAGGUCCAAGAAAGAUCAUAUGCUGCCAAAAGUAAGCUCUGAAGAAAAAAUGCAAAAUAAGACACGGUCUCAGGAGAUGGUAAAGAGAGAGCAAACAGUUGCUUACAAGUCAAAAGUGUUUUGCACUAGCAGCUCAGAUGAUAACUCAGAUGCCAAUAAGAAAAGUUAUUCUCUUGUGGAAAAAACAAAAUCCAAGGAGAACCAAUCACUUACUCAGCCAUCUGUGAGUGAUUCAACUAUGAAAGCUACUAUCACACCUCACCCAGGCCUAGUCAGCUCACUUGCCAAACUUGGUACACUUGACAGACCAAAAAUUCUUCCAAAGGCUAAAACAGUUCCUAAAACUAAUGUACCUGCAUCUUCAGACUUUAUUGAAAAGUUAUUUUUUACUCAGAGAUCUCAAACAAAUGACAGUGUCCUUCAGUGUCAGCCAAAGGAUUCUGGUGUUGAUGCCACACCAGGUAGAGAAGAAUCAUAUGUUAAGUGCAUGCCUGCCUCUGAAGAUCCAAGUGCAGUCCAAGGUCCCAUUACACAGGACCCUUGUACCAGUACCCAGCAGCAGAAAGCAAAGAAGCUGAUGAUAUGUGAUAGACAGACCAAAGAAGAAUUAAUGACCUUUGGGAAAGCCAGUAUAAAUAAUGUUUCAGACUCAAAGGAACCUGUAACACUCACUAAAGAAAACAGUGCCUUGUCAUCCCAACUAACAGAUGGAGUGAUUCACAAAGAAGCUCAUUCUCAAGUCUGUCAAGAGAAUGAGAAGAAAGAAGAAUAUCCAAAGUAUGACAUGACAAAAAACACAUCAGAACCUCAGCAUGAAUCAUAUAUCAGGCUGCUACCCUCUACAAAAAAAUCUCCUCUUGGUGAAGAAAAAGAAAACGAGUUGCGCAGUAUUGUUAAAGAGUUGGCGACCUGUAACAUUAAUAGCAAAGAAUGGAGAAGACUCAUAAACAAGUUGAGAAUGUUGGCUGCGUCAGCAUCAACACCCCAAAUUAUCAGAGUAUUCCUGUGGGGAAUUUUGCAGCAGAAUCCCAUGCAGGAGAAGAAAGUAUUACAAGGACUGAUUCCAAACCUGUACCAGCUGUUCCAGGCCUUGUGUGUGUUAGAGAUUCGGCUGGGCCUGUCUUUAAGGCCAGCCCUAAUUAACUCCAUACGUGUUCUUAUAUGUCAACCAUCCUCUCACCUACGUCCUCAUAGUUUAGGGUGUCUGGCAGCAUGGUAUGUUGCCAAUUUAUCAGCUAGCAAUAAGGAAGAUAAGGAGAUCCUGCAGCUAGGACGUGCAUUCCUGGUUGAUCUCCUGUUUCAUCACCCUGGAACGGUUCAUUUGGCACUGUUCUCGGCACUCACCUCUGGACAGAGAUUUCUCAUCCGAAUGGUUAACCAUAGAGAGGCAAGUGGGAUUGAAAAGGUUCUACAAUGGAUUGCCUUCCAUGGAAUUUGGAUGGGAACAGAAAGUGUCCGUGAUCAGCUGAUCAAGUACCUGACUAAUCAGAUAGGUGUGCAUAACCCUCCAGCUAAUGAUCUUACAGUCCUUGUGAAAGAUCUUCUUUCAAGGCUUAUGGAAUCAACAGAGCUAGCAGUAUCAUGUAAUCUGCUGACCAGUAUUAUGAUACUAGCUCGCUGGCAAGGAAAACCAUGGAUACAAAGCCAUCUUUUGCCAGCUGUAACAGCACUCAUUAGUCAAGAAUCUGAAGGUGGGAACGAAGGACAGGUGGAAGAAGUUCCAAGACAGUUAUUUGAUAUGCUAAUGGAUUCUCUUGGUAAACUAAAUGGAAUUUUCUCCAAAGAUGCAACAUCAGCUGAUAAUAACAAGCUUGGAUGUGAAUUGCAGGAGCUAAAAUCUGCCCUCACAAGACUUUUACACUUGGCUUGGGGAGAUAUGAAGAUGAAACCUAGAUAGGAUUCAAGAAUAAUGUGCUAUAUAUUUAUUCAUGUGAAAGUGUUAGUGUCAAGAGUGUUUAGUGGUAUGUAUGUUCAUAUUGUGUGCAAGAGAAACAUUUUAUUUGAAUUAUAUUUUUGUAUGGAUUCUGUAGAAAACUAUUGGAGAGAGAAGUGCCAAAGGAUUUUGUAUUAUAUUACAAAUUAUAUUACUGUUACUACCCUUACAUAUUCACAGUGAGUGUAUAUGUAAGGUUGGAAGUUUCACCUAACAAUUUUAGAUAAUAAAAUGGCAUUUCAUAAUUGUCUUACAUAUAAUUUAUUUAAUUUCUGUCCAAGUUUAGUUUUAUGUUUUACAAAUAUAUAUGGAUAUGUGUGUGUUAGUAUACACUUGUGUGAUUAUCCACACACAUAUAAUGCUACCAAGUUAAUAUCAUAGUAAGAUAUUUAUUGCAUAGAACUUACAUGCAUAUGUAAAGUAUAAAAUGCAUAAGGCACUAGUGCCAAUAAGUAUCAAUAAAAUUGUUAUGUUUCA